UUUAGUCUUCUAUGUUUUUAAUUGCAACAAUAACACAUUCUGAGAAAGGAAAGCAGGCGAUCAGAGCGAGCAGUUACGAUCAACGGAUAACAAACAAAAAGAGUGAAAGACGUUAGAUUAUGUUGCGGAAAAAAUAGAACCCUUUAAGAAACACUUGAACUGGCUUUCCAGCUAUGCUUCAAUUCCCUACGCAUAGCGGCAACCACACUCUUAAGGUCUCGACUGUGCACGCAAUUUGUGCGCAUAUUGACGUACCUGUCUCUGCAAUACACUGAAACGUUUUCACAGACUCAGGGAAGCGUUCGAAACGCUUAAAUCUCGCCCCUGCGAUGAAUAUUACUGCCAUGUUUGGAAAAUGCGGCUGUGCUAGAGAACCUAAUUGCGCAGUGCUUUAGAAAUAAAGUCUUAGCUGGCGUCGUUUCGCCCAGAAAACAAAUUGGGAACUAAACCUCCGAGGAAAGUACACGAAGAAGAGAGGCUGAAGAAAAAAUAUAAGUGGGUAACUAUGGGUAGGGAUGAAAGUAGGGUAUACGUGAUCUUACUUGAAAAGGAAGACAAAAAGCCCGCAAGUUGGCAGAAAAGUAGAAACAUAGGUGAAAUCAUCAAGGGAGGCUGAACCACGAUGACAAAAGAAAAAAAAUGAUAUAAAAAGAAAUAAAGUGAAGCUGAGGGACGAAGCAGCGAAGCGGAGCUGCGAUGAAAAGACAGUGUCGCCUGGCGUAGUGGGCUUUCUUUAGAGAAAGCCAGAGCGGUGCUGUGAGCCAGGAAGGCCUCGCAGCCUUGCAGUGAAGUGGCUGGAGAGGCAGUGCCAUCAAAAUGGAGCGGACAGGGCCGACGCAGAGAGGAGGAAAUAAAUGAAUUGGCUCAGGGGUAUCGGCACGAACUGCGGAACUAAUGAACGAGCAGAGGCGAAGACGAAGUAAAGAAAUGGAGGAUAAAAGAAACGAGAAGAACGUUGCGAAAGCUGGAAGAAAACGUCCCAUUGAAGCCAGUGGGCUGCAAGAAGAAAAAGAAAGAAAAAUACAUAGAGAAGCACGGUCUGAGGAAAGUAUGUGGCGAGAUGAGCAGAUCAAUGAAAGAGGUCAGAGGAGAUGCACUGAAAAGAAUGCGUAGGUUUACAACAGUGCGAAAGAAGCGAAUAAAAAAGAAAGGAAAGGUUAGUAAACAAAGCACAUGCACGUAAAAGGCUCGCCAUAACAGCAGCGGCACUAUAGCGAUAUAGAGGGCAAAUGAGCUGAGUACUCAAAACGGAAAAAGCAGAGGAAAAGCCCAUAAAAGGAGGGACAACGGUAAUGCAGGGCGCGGUGCUCGCCCGCAAUACCCAAACAAAACGCGAUGUAAAAAAAUAAAAAGAGCCGAGGACGACGCCGGAAGGAGGAGCGAGAGACGAAAGGACGACGGCGCGAAGGAGAAAGACGAAAAAGAUGAACCAGCAUGGAAAGGAGGGAAAGAGAGAGCUGCACUCCCCCUUCUCCUCCAGUCUCCUCCGCUCGCCCUCUCCUCUGCACCCUCGCGGCGCGCGAGGGCUAGGCUCCCUGGCUUGGCGGCCAUUGGAAACAGCCGGCGUUGCGCCGAGAAGCUGCUGCUGGCAACCGUCGUCGCCGCCAUGUGAGCGAGCAGCAACUGCGCUUGGGGGCCUCCUCCGCUUGCUCGGGGUUUCAGGCAGCGGCAUGGAAGCGGAUUCAACGUCCAGAGGACCUUGCCGCCAUGAGGCUGAAACUGAAUGUUCCGCUCCCGGAAGAAAAAUGUCUCCUGCGCAGCCGCCACGUCAGCCCCGGAUAUGAAGACCGACUGAGGUCCUACAGAGGUCUGUCAGAGCGCAAGUCCCCACCAAAAAACUUCUUAUUCCGAACCUCAGCAUGGCCUCCGGAGCGCAGCGCCGCCUGCGACCUGGGAUCGCCGGACGCCGAAAGCAUCCGUGCCAUGUCCCUCUCGUCAUCUGAGCCGGAGGACAGGGACCUCUCGGACCAGGACAACGACGAGGAAGAGUUCGAGGACACCUGUCCGCUUCUGGCCGCCGCCAAGGCCAGCAUACUGGCCGGUGACGAUUACGGCUCGGGCUCAGAAAACUCUUCGGCCGCGUCGUCCUCUUCGGACGAAGAAGAGUCAUUCGAGGAGAGCGGCGUCACCGAGAUGAGCGAUCAGACGAUUCUGAACAAGAGAAUCGAACCCAACAACAACUUCAUCGACUCGGUGCUUCUGGGAAGUGCGGACACUCAGUAUAUCAGCGGCCACGACGAAGUGGCCACGCGUUUCGUCACGGCGGAACCCGUCACCGCGCUCAUGGCCAAUGUGCUGUCGCUGAACGUGGGCUCUUCGCCGACGUCCGCCGACUACAAUGACUUCAGUCCCAUGAGCGAAGGGAGCAGCACGGCCUCUCUGGCGUCGUCGCUGACGUCGUCGUUCAUGACCGGAAUGGCAUCGAUGACGUCUUCGACCAUGUCUGUGGACUUGGUGAGCAACGCGAACCUCUUCAGGGACGUCGCUUGGAAGCCCGAAGAGGGCUUUGUGAUGGACAAGCUGAAGAAGACGGACGCCAACGUGCGUGAACGCGCGGCCGUGGAGGAAUUCGCCGACCUGAACAUGGUCGACAGUGGGGACCCGUUCUGCUCGGAAGAACUGACACCGGAGGCUGACGAGUUCUCCAGCCGAAGCGUCAGGAAACCGUACCGCGAAGAAGACAUCAGACUUCUGCCGGACCUGCUGCCUCCUCUGAGGAUACUGGAGGAGCGUGAAAAUGCGCUGAACUCGGCAGCAGUCACCAAGGCCGAGAUCGAUCAGCAGAACGCGUCUCGGCGCAAGCACCUCCUGGAAGGCGGUGGUGGCGCCGAUAAGCUUCCCUCUUACUGCACAGCGCCAGACGAGGACCCCUUGCUUUCGGACGACGUGUCGAGGUGGGCGCUGCCGGAGAACGUGGCCAAGAUUUUCGACAAGGCCGAGCUGACGCGCGAGGCGACCACAUCUGCCGCGUCGCUGCUCAACUUCACGCCCGAGAAGGUGCGCCGUUCGCGGCUCUCCCUGCCGCCGACAUCGCCGGCCCCGGCCGGGGGAGCAUCGGGCAGGCACGCCGACGGCCGCCCGCAGGCCUCGCGGUCCGGAGGCGCGAGCUCGGCCGGCGCCAACGGCAGCGCGGAGCGGCGUCGGGGCCGCGCGUCGCUGUCGCCCGAGCGGUGCGGCGACUUCGACGUGUACAACAUCGAGACGAGCAUGCCCACCAUCGACUGGGAGGCCAUGGAGCGGCACCUGAGCCGCGCCGCCAAGGAGGACGACUGGCUCGCUAGGCGACGCAAUGACCGUGAGGCGAUUCGACAGAAGUUGGCCAUGGACACAGAUGUGGAGGAGUCCUUUGGUAUUGAGCGCGCCAAUCGCAAACCAAGUCUUGCUGUAAGGCUACAAGAAAGCAAGAACCUGCAGAUCUGCUUCAUGAACGAAACUGCUGCCGAACUGGACUCCUUAGAGCUAGCUGGGGCCACCGCACAGUCCCAGGAAGACAGCAGCACUCAACAGGCCACAAGUCAGCAAGGGAAUGCCAACACUUCUUCUGUCGGGCUCCCUAAUGGACUUCUGAAUGCAAGCUCUGACGUCUCUCUGCUGCAGACCAGCACGAAGCCAGCCCAGUGCACCAGCCCUCCCGGCAGGCGGGGCUCACAGGAGGAAGCAGCUCCCAAGCGGCCAUCUUUCUUCUUCAACCGGCGCAAGAGCUGGCGUCAAAAGAAGGCUGAUGGCAGCGGCGAGGCCAAGAAGGAAUCCUCCUCAGAGACCUGGAAGGGCGAGGACUUUGCCACCCGCCAGGCACGGCUUCAGGCUGAAGCAAGAGCAGCGCUGGCGCAAGCCAAGGAGAUGGCACGCAUGCAGAUGGAAGUGGAGCGACAGCAGAAGAAGAAGUCGCCCAUUGCCGACAUUGUUGGCAUUUCUUUUCCUGACAGUCGUCACCGGCUAAGCCGACAGAUGUUGAAUGACAUGAAUGUGGCACAGCUGCAAGUGAUUGUCAAUGACCUUCACUCACAAAUUGAAAGCCACAAUGAAGAUCUGGUCAAGUUUUUGCUGGAGAGAGAUGACCUUCACAUGGAGCAGGACUCCAUGCUCGUUGAUAUUGAAGACAUGACACGAUACCUAGGAGCCAAGAACAUGAGUGCAUCUCGUGAUGGCUCGUCGAUGUCCCUCUCUCAACCAGCAAAGACAAUCCCAUCGAAAUGAAGAGACAGUCGCACACAGCUCUGAAGGAUACUGAGAGGCAUGCCUGCAUUAUUUUCACUGCAAUCUGUGUAUUUUUACUUAGCAAGCCUCCUUUUCUUUUCUUCUGUUGCUGACUCGAGUCGCAUGCGGCAGUUGCUGCAACCUUAACUGAACUCAAAACUUGGUGUGCAGAGAGCUGGUACUUUUCUGAUGUCCUUACUAUGUCCAGUUUUGUGUUCGCUGUUUUACAUUCACUGUCUUAAACAUCGUGUGGACAGGGGCAGGUUUAUUUUGUUGGCUGUCAUGCAGACUGUGAGGUAAAAGUGAUUGACCAGAAAGCAUGUUAUUCAGCAUCCUUACUCUUUGAUGCCAUGUUUUUUUUUUUUUUUACUCCAAUGUUAAAGUCACUGUACAACAGUGACAGGCAUUAGUCCUUAGUUCUACACAAACAGCAGUCAUUACUCAUUUUUUGAUUUGGAAGUUUCCAGGUCUCCCACAUAACUAUUUUGUUGUCUGUUUCCUUUGCUUCUUUUUAAAAAGAAAACUUGUAAAUUCCUCUCCGCAAGUUCCCAGGGUAGUGUAAGUUAGUGUUAUUGCAUGCUUGGCUACUGUUUUUUUUGUGUGUAAUGUAUUUUUAAGUUACCAGUGUAGUGCAAAUUAACAUUUACUACAUGCAUGUGUGCUUUUUUUUCUUAUGCAAGAGAAUCUGAAAGUGCUUUUUAGUCACUUUUUACAAGUCCAUAUUCACCAGGGCCAUUUACUCGCAUGGACGUGACCAGGUCACUAGCCUUAAAGGCAGCCGCAGCACAAACGUUUUUGAUUGAACGGGAGAGAUGUGCCAUACUAAUUCUAUGCCCAUAAUAAGGACCACUGCUGACAAAUGGGGCGUGCGCUACACUGGGAUCGUUUUCCUGAAGCCCCUCUUUCAUCUCUUAUUGUACAUAUAUUUGAUGUUGUGAAGUGUCCAGUUGUUGCCAGCAGUCCUCAGUGUCAGUGACAUUGUGCUAUGUGCAGUUGUGUAAAAUGCUCCUUAAAGGGGGCCCUGAAACAUCUUUGCAUGGGAUUCACGACCUUUCAGGCAUGAAUAUAAAGUUCACAGGUUAACUAAAGUAGCUGCUUUAACUUAUUGGUUAUAAUGUGUUGUGGAGGACAAUGAACACACUUGAGUUGUGAUUUAGCGCCAAGUUUGUGCUCGUCCACAGUGCUCUAUGUUUACUGCUCGUAAAUAGAGGCUUGGCAUAAAAUGUAACAAAAACAGCCGUUGCUGUAAAAGGGAAUGAAAAGUAUGUGUAUCGUAGAUUGCUGUGCUGUCUCUGUGAUGAAAGAAGAGAGUUAUUCCUGAUAACUUAGCAACCUUUGAUUCUUGACAGCUUAACAUCCACAAGGAGCUUUCGGAGCACUGCUCUAAAAUAUUACAUUUUUGCUGAAAGAUGUUUCAGGGCCUCUUAACCCAUAUUGUGGCAUAUUGUCAAAGGAUUGCUUAUAAUAGUGGACUUUGUUGUAUACACUUGAUGCCGUGAUUUGAGCCACAUCAUGUGUUCCUUACUUUCUUUAUUGCUAGAGCUACUUGGUUCCGUACUUCAAGAACACUUUGUUACGUUAUUACAUACAGGACACUUGACGCUUAGAAAGGAAGUGCAUCAUAUAGAUGGCAUUGUGCAGGCACAACAGUAGACUCCCCAUAAAGCAAAGAUGAAAGGACAUUUGAAAAUUUGUUCACACUAUUAUAUGAUCAUCAGUUUAGCUCAGUAUAAUGCAUCCCUCAAAAACUAAGCAAACAUUCUUGCGGGGCCAGCUUUUCAGCGAAUUCAUCUUGACAGGUUUUGUCUUAAAGCAAUCUAUGUUCAAUAUCCUUGUGUAUAAUUCAGCUUGCUGAAAAUAAAUACAAGUAGCUUGCCUCUGAAAAGUGGCAUUAAUAUUUUUAGUCUUCAAACAGUUUCAUGACUUAUGCACGCACAUUUGAUAUAAGGUCUUUAAAAUCCCUUCUUUGUGGUUCUUCUGCUAGACUUGGUUACAAGUGGCUAAGGCUUGAGUACUGCCGUGCAGCAGUACUACAAGUUGUGGCAACAGAAAGCUUGCUCAGGCUUCUUUGAAUGUCCCAGUCAUUGCUAGCGAAGGACUGUAUUGCUUGUUGCAAAGGUUCUAGCGCUUGUUGUGGACAAGCAUAUUAGAGUGUUUGACCUCAAACUUUCAACUUAUUUGAAACACACACGACUGACAGUGUAGUGAGCUUUAAUUUUAUUUUUGUCUCGUGUUCAUCUUUGUUUAAAACACUGCCAUGUUUUACACUGCUCUUGAUGCCAGUGGAUGUACUAAAUGUGUCUCCGAGACAACUGAAGACUAUGUAACCUCCUUGUGUAAUGGGUUGUUGCUUCUGGUUUACGGCAUUUCUUGUAGCGGCACAGUACUCAUGGUAUACUGCUAGACUUGUUAUUUACAGACUUAUUCCAGGUUUUGUCUGGAAGUAGGUGGCAGGCACAGUGUGUUUACUGGCCGUUGUGCUGCACUGAAAGCCAAGCUAAGACAUCUAACCUCUGUUGUACAGCACGUAUCUUUGGAGUUAUCCCAUAGUAUUCAGCGUAUUUCAACGAAGUCCUUGUACAGUACGUACGCUCGGAGUUAUUCUGCAAGCUUCAGCAUAUUUUACCGCAUUCAUCAUUUGAUUUCAUAGUGCUCUAAAGUGCCGUGAAAACAGCAUCUGCAUAAUUUGCUGUAAGUCGCGUACCAUAUUUUUCUGCCCUGUUUAGCUGCAGCCCUUAAAUGAAAGUGAGGCUUCACGAGUGCGAGCAGCUCCUUUGGAAGUGCAGUGGAGUGGUCAAAUCUCGGCAUUAUUUUGGAGCAUACAAAAAACAGUUGAGCAGCAAGUGUAUGCUUUCAAAGCACAUGAGCCGACAUUGUGACUUAUAAGGGAAGUAUGACUCAGCACAAGGAAUUAACGUAGUUGCAAUUCUUUAUCUACGUAAAUUUUGAUUGUCUUCCUUAAUAUUUUGUCUGGUUGUAGUUGAUGCUGUCUGCAUAUGCAUUAAAAGGCAACAAAAGCCAGCUUUCUUUACCUUCAGAAAGAGUGAAGUCACUAUGAGCAACAGUCAUUUACAACUUGUGGUACUAUCAUUUUUUUGAAUUUGUGCACUCAGUCCUUUUUACACUGUAUUGCAAGUGCAUAUAGCCUUCUUUGCGGGAAGCCUCUUGUGUUGCAUUUGUGCCAGCACAACAUGCAAGGACACCACCGCUGUGUAAUAUGGCCGACUAGUCCUCACCCAUGCCUCGUGAGCAUCUCGGCAUUUGUGUUUAGUGCUGCGGAUAAAAUAGACUCCACAAAAAAAAAGAAACACAAGCAAUUUUAAGUACUCAAGACAGUAUGUGCCCAUUUACUGUGUCUGUAUCUGAACUUUCUACACAAGUGAAACAAAGGAUUCCACUACCAGCAACUACUAGCGCAUGUUAAGUGUGAACAUCGCUAACAGCGAGAGCAAAACACAGAGAGUAGAUCAUGUGCGCUCCUUGACCUCUGCACUCCACUGGUCAUUGUCAAAUAAGCUCUGACGGGAUGCUCACAGGUGUCUACCGGACCCCUGCUUUUAUUUUGGCACCCGUGUGCGUGUUUAACAGGUGUACAGAGAAGCAGCCUACUGCAAUGAUGCUUGAGCCACUUGUGUGUUUGUAUGAGGCUUCUCCUCCUGUACCAAUGACGUGCUUUCAUGUACUCCACACUCCUUAGUGCCAUUUGUGACAGCACAGCCCUGCUGCUUGCGCUGCUGUGUGACACGUCAUUUGUACACAUUUAAUACCUCCUGUACUCAGUCCCUAUGCUUUGGGAUGCUUUCUCAUUUUGUGUGCAUGCCAAAUGUCCUGCUCUGUAUGGGUGUGGACUGCUGUGUGGACAACAUAGAAAAGGACAAUUGUCCUGCUCCUGAAAAGAUGUUGCAUUAUCCAUGAGUUCCAUGAGUCAGUGACUACUGUUCAGUUUUGGUGAACAUUGCUUUUUUUCUUGUAUGCUGCUUUGUUUCCUUGAAUGGGCAUUGGAUCUUUGCACAGCAGAUGUGCUUCAGUUUUUGCGUGCAAGGCCUCUUUGUGCACUCAGCUUGUGGUGUCGUAGGUCUGACCAUUGCAGUCUCCUUGAUUUAUCGACUUCAGCUUUUAGGAAAAGGUGUCGUCUAAGUAACCAUGAACAAAACAUGGAGAGUGCACUGUUUCUUUGCAGUAUGAAACCAGUGCAGGCUACGUAGGUAAUUGACAUUUGCUGAGCUACUGCAAGUUCUGUGCUAGAGGUGCAGCACUUGUCUGUGCAUGUUUAAACUGAACGUGCAUUUUUAGUUUGUUAACAUCCUUGACACAAUAGUGUUGUAUCAUGAAGUCAUCAGCAAAGGCAGCAGUUAUGCCACUCCUUGUUCCGCAUUUUCUGAGUUGCUUUAGUGGCAUUGUGGGAACGUUUUAUGUGUGCAGUCAUUCUGUUCACCUGUACUUGAUUUCUAUUUAUUAUUAAGCCAAGUGAGUGGACCACCUGUGGGAGGGUCCAUAUUCCUUUUGAAUGCUCUCAUCUGCGUUGUGUGUAUAUGGCUAGGGCAAAAGAGCAGGAGAGUGUGUACCGCCGGUACAUUCUCAUGCAGUGAUGUAUGCUUAUGGACAAGAAAGAGCUUUGUUGUGGUGCCCGCCCUAUGGCAUGUGCACAUGUAUGGCAGCCUAAAAGCUGUGGAAUUAAUAAACAUACUUUUAAUUUAGGA